GCGAGGGGCCGGCACAGCCUCUCCCAGCCCCAUCAGGUGACCUGUCGGGUGGCCGUGAGCACAGAGCCCCGGAGAUGAGGACUCUGCUCCUGACCGUCAGCCUCGGCCUCGUUGCUGCCCUGCAGGCCCAGGACCCCCCGGCCUCGGGCGGGCUGGCCCAGGACGUGUCAGGGAAAUGGUAUCUGAAGGCCGUGACCGCAGACCAGGAGAUUCCCAUGAAGAAACCAGAGUCGGUGACUUCCAUGAACCUUACGGUCCUGGAGGGAGGCAACCUGGAAAUCCAGGCCACCAUUCUGAUUGACGGUCAGUGCCGGGACAAGACACUGGUCCUGGAGAAAACCAGCGAGCCUGGCAAAUACACGGCCUACGGGGGCAAGCCCGUGGUGUACAUCACACCGUCGGCGGUGAAGGACCACUACAUCCUUUACUGCGAAGGCGAGCUCGGCGGGAAGCAGAUCCGCAUGGCGAAGCUCAUGGGAAGGGACCCUGAGAACAACGCAGGGGCCUUGGAGGACUUCAAGAAGGUCGCAGGAGCCAAGGGGCUACACCUGGAGGUCUUCAUCCCCCGGCAAAGCGAAACCUGCUCUCCGGAAGCCUAGGGGCAGGGAGCACCCGGUGGCUGCACCACCAGGACCUCUGUGCCACAGGACCUGGAAGGAGCCCUGUCCCGGGGGCCUGGGCAGCUCCGACCCCCCCGGCCUCCCCAUCUCCCCCUCCUCCCCCAGCCCCCCACGCCUUCUCCUGGCUUCACAUAAAGAGCUUCCGCAUCC